AUGGCAGGGACAGUAGCAUCGGACAAAGAACAGCCACUCGCAGGCGCGGUGAUUUGCUUCACCGCGGUUUCGCUGGAGUAUAGGACUCAGCUCGUGAAGGUUGCGAAAGAGAUGGGAGCAAUCGAACGACCCGACCUCACCUCCGAAGUUACUCACCUUCUCGUUGGAGCCACCGAAUCUGCCAAAUACAAAUUCGUCGCACGCGAGCGCAAUGAUGUUGCCGUGGUCCGGCCAGAAUGGAUCGAGGCCGUGCGCCAAUCGUGGGUGCUGGGAGAGGAUACCGACAUUCGCGCCUUAGAGAUACAAUACAAGAUGCCCGCCUUCUUCGGACUUACACUAUGCAUUACUGGAUUCUCGGAUAUGGGUCUUCGUACAAAGAUGCAUGACACUUCGGUGGAGAAUGGGGCAGAGUUUCGGAAAGACUUGACCAAGAGCGUCACCCAUCUUAUUUCGCGGACUGCGGACGGGGAGAAGUACAAGUUUGCGACUCAAUGGGGAAUAAGGGUUGUCAGUGAGAAGUGGUUCUACGAUUGCAUUGAGCGUGGGAUGAUCCUGGACGAGGAAAAAUACCAUCCACUGGUACCACCGGAAGAACAAGGCGUUGGAGCAUGGAAUCGACCUUCGCUCACACCAAGGGGUGAGUCUAGAAAAGAAAAAUCUGCCACCAAUGAGGGCCCGACAGAUACACGACCACGGAAAAAGCUUCGCAGGACCGCAAGUACCAAGCUAGCUGGUCAGAAUGAAAACAUCUGGGGUGAUAUCAUUGGUGCCGGAUUCAUGAACAAUGAGACGCCUGAUCCCGCCAACAAGGAGGACGGAGAAGCCGAUUCAGCACCUCCGAGACAGGCCAUUCAAGCUGCCAAGUCUUUCGCGAGCGAGUCAGUCCUCAGUCAAGCUUUGGCACCAGAAGAAGCACUCAAACCCCUGGUUCCAGAAGGUUUCCUUGGCGGAUCCUAUUUCUAUCUCCAGGGAUUUUCUUCAAAGCAGAUGGGAGUAUUACACCGCCAUCUCGGGUUCAAUGGAGCUCAAUGCGUGGGAUCUUUAAGCGACUUCUCUCGUCCGAGUAUCCCGAAGACAGGCCAAGGCCUCUAUAUCAUGGUGCCAUAUCAGACAUUAAAGUCGGCAGCUCCAUCAACAGACAACAUGGCAUUUGAAUGUGAGGUCGUCACAGAUAUGUGGCUGGAGAAGUGUCUGCAUGCCCGAGCGCUGAUUCCACCAGAAUCGCACGUCGCAAGCACCCCAUUUCCAAAAUUUCCGAUUCCAGCAUUUUCCGAAAUGCGAGUAUGCUCCACUGGAUUCGGCGGGAUUGACCUUCUUCAUGUAUCAAAGCUGGUUGAUCUGAUGGGUGCCUCUUAUGAUGAAGUUCUUACGCCACAAGCCUCUGUCCUGGUUUGUUUCGACCCUCGAACUGCAAGUCAGAACAAGCUGCGCCAUAUCAAAGAAUGGGGUGUCCCAGCCGUCUCCGCAGACUGGCUUUGGGCUUCCAUCAAGACUGGUCAAAAGAAGCCAUUUGAGCCAUAUCUCGUCCAAAGACUGGCAUCUCAACCUCGAAGUAGCGUUGAAAAACCCGGUGCUGCCUUCGAAAAUGAAGAAAGUGCGCACCAACAGAGGGAAAAAACCCGCGAUGGACGACCUAAAGCCCCAGCAGAGUCACCCAAUGAAAAUAAAAUCGAAGGUUCGAGAUCCGCCAAAAAUAAUCGAACGCGGAUCAUGCCUAUUAUCGAUGAUGGUUUCUCCAACGAAGACCAGGGUAAUGCGCCUAAGCCAUCUAUACCAGAAUCCCGGACUCCAUCUCCAAGCACAACAGCCGACAGACCACCGACCAGUGACUCUACCUCCAAUCAACCCAACCAAACCUCCCCUGAACCUACCGGACCAUCCGCGCUGGACACCGCACUCAAGGGACUUCUUCAACAAGCUCAGGCUGCCAAAUCUCGCCAAUCGAAUGAAAACCCAACCACCAACGAAGAUGGCACAUUCCCACUCCGACGAAAGCGCAAACCUCUCCUGGGUCGCGCCACAUCACACUCAUCCACCAAAAUCGAUAACCCAGCACCACCAUCCAGAGCCAGCUCCAUCGACACCCUUAACGACGACGGUCUCGGUCUACCCAUCGACAGCGCCGAUCCGACACGAGCCAACUCACUCUCCCGCACAGCCAGUCGCGUCAACAAUGAAAGCCUAUCGUCGAUGUUCAGCGGUGCCGGUGGGAAAUUUGAUUUCCUUGAUAAGCAACUUCUCAGCGGGAACGAGGAAGACGAGGAGAAUACCGAGCCCCAGAUGACACAGCUGGACUACGAGGAUGCUGACGCAGCCGCUAUGAGAGCUGAAUUCUUGCGUGAUGCGGGCAAGAUAGCUCGGAAGCCUAAAUCGGCCGAUCCGGGGAUUUUGCUGGGAGAAGUUAAAGAGCUAGAGGAUGUUGGAUGGGCGUCUGGACGGAGGACAAGGAAACACCCUAGAGGCGAUGAUUGA